AUGUGCGCGUGCCGCCAGUACCCAUGUGCGCGUGCCGCCAGUGCCCAUGUGCGCGUGCCGUCAGUACCCAUGUGCGCGUGCCGUCAGUACCCAUGUGCGCGUGGCGUCAGUGCCCAUGUGCGCGUGCCGUCAGUGCCCAUGUGCGCGUACCGUCAGUACCCAUGUGCGCGUGCCGUCAGUACCCAUGUGCGCGUGCCGUCAGUGCCCAUGUGCGCGUGCCGUCAGUGCCCAUGUGCGCGUACCGUCAGUACCCAUGUGCGCGUGCCGUCAGUACCCAUGUGCGCGUACCGUCAGUACCCAUGUGCGCGUGCCGUCAGUGCCCAUGUGCGCGUACCGUCAGUGCCCAUGUGCGCGUGCCGUCAGUGCCCAUGUGCGCGUACCGUCAGUACCCAUGUGCGCGUGCCGUCAGUACCCAUGUGCGCGUGCCGUCAGUGCCCAUGUGCGCGUACCGUCAGUACCCAUGUGCGCGUCCCGUCAGUGCCCAUGUGCGCGUGCCGUCAGUGCCCAUGUGCGCGUGCCGUCAGUACCCAUGUGCGCGUGCCGUCAGUACCCAUGUGCGCGUACCGUCAGUACCCAUGUGCGCGUGCCGUCAGUGCCCAUGUGCGCGUACCGUCAGUACCCAUGUGCGCGUACCGUCAGUACCCAUGUGCGCGUGCCGUCAGUGCCCAUGUGCGCGUGCCGUCAGUGCCCAUGUGCGCGUACCGUCAGUACCCAUGUGCGCGUGCCGUCAGUACCCAUGUGCGCGUGCCGUCAGUGCCCAUGUGCGCGUACCGUCAGUACCCAUGUACCCAUGUGCGCGUGCCGCCAGUACCCAUGUGCGCGUGCCGCCAGUGCCCAUGUGCGCGUGCCGCCAGUGCCCAUGUGCGCGUGCCGCCAGUGCCCAUGUGCGCGUGCCGUCAGUGCCCAUGUGCGCGUGCCGUCAGUGCCCAUGUGCGCGUGCCGUCAGUGCCCAUGUGCGCGUGCCGUCAGUGCCCAUGUGCGCGUGCCGUCAGUACCCAUGUGUGCGUGCGUCAGCACCUGCGUAUGUGCAGGUGA